AUCAUAACCCGGCUCAUACACGGCCACGGAAAGAUAGCGCUUAUACAACAUUAAAUAGGCACUUUUGAGGCUUCACCAGUUAUCUGUCGCUGCAUGCACUCACGUGUAUUGUGCAGGAUUUGCCGAGUUAAUAAUUUCUCUGUCUCCCAUACUUCACUAUAUAUUAAGUGACAUUGCAUGGAAGUGGGAGUCGCUUAUAUGCAGCCGGGCUGGAGCUGAGACAGAACCAGAGAGAACAACAGCGCUGGCAUCGGUUUACUCUCUCAAUCCAAAGGUCAUAGCCAAGCUGCUGGCAAGAACUUCGCCAAGAUGGACUCCAAGAAGUCAGAGGUCGACGAAGUGACCGUUUCGCCAAUUCUUCACCCAAGCAAUGACACUAGCAAAGAUGCCAUCGCUCAGCCAAGCACUCUUUCACGUAUCAGUCGCAUCUCGUCAAUCUUCAUGGUUCUCGUCGGUGGCUUAGCUCUAUUUUCAGACGGCUACAAUGCGCAGGUCAUUGGAUACAUGAACCCUCUUUUCGCAGAGCUAUAUCCCGAUGCAUUCACUCCCACUAUCAAGACCAGACUUUCCAAUGCUUUUCUCAUCGGCGAAGUGUUUGGAAUGCUGUUUUUCGGAUGGGGAAUCGACAGGCUGGGUCGUCGGACGGGCAUCGUUUUUGCGACCUUGUUCCUCAUCAUAGGAAUUGUGCUGGCUACUGCGGCCCACGGAAACUCUCCCACCAGCAUGUUCUGGAUGAUGAUCAUAGGCCGUGGAGUUGCGGGUUUUGGUGCUGGAGGAGAAUAUCCAACUUGUGGUACUGGCAGUGCUGAAGCCUCAGAUGAAACUGCCUUUGUAAGACGCCGUCGCGGCAUGCUUGUUGCUGUAGCUACAGAUUUCGCUAUCGAUCUCGGCUUCGUUAUGGCCGGCGUCAUUGUACUCAUUGUUCUAGCUGCAUAUCAUCAACAUAUUAACGAUGGCGUAUGGCGCGUCUCAUUCGGCCUUGGCUUCGUCCUCCCAGUGGGACUUUUGUUCUUCCGUCUUCGCUUGAUCAAUUCAACUCAGUACCGAAAACACGCUAUAAAGUCGGACAUUCCGUACUGGUUGGUGAUCAAGCGCUAUUGGAAACCCAUGCUUGGAACUUCGCUGGCGUGGUUCAUGUAUGACUUUGUUACUUAUCCUUUUGGUAUCUUUGGUUCAACCAUCAUUGGGACGUUGAACCCCAACAACACUCUUGUCCAAAACAUUGGCUUCGGCACUGUUCUCAACUGCUUUUACCUUCCCGGAACCCUCAUCGGUGGUCUUCUCAUGGAUAAGAUUGGCCGCAAGCAGACCAUGGCACUGGGAUUCUUCUUGUGGUCUAUCCUGGCAUUCAUCAUUGGAGGCGCUCUCAAUCCCAUCACCAGCGUUUUCCCGCUCUUUGUUGUCCUGUAUGGCAUUUUCAACACUUUGGGAGAAAUGGGUCCUGGCGUUGGUACCUUUCUUUGUGGUGCUGAAUCGUUUCCUACUCCGGUGCGAGGCCAUUUCUUAGGCUUUGCCGCUGCCGUUGGUAAAGCUGGAGCUGCCAUAGGCACACAAGUUUUCACCCCCAUCCAAAACUCUUUCUCCGAUCCCCAAAAGGGCGUUCAGGGGGUCUUUCUUAUCGGAGCUGCCUUUGCCAUGGUUGGCUGUCUUCUUACAUGGUUCCUGGUUCCUGAUAAGGAGAAGGACCUUGAGAGCGAAGACGCGCGAUUCCGUGCCUAUCUCGAGGAAAACGGCUACGAAGGUACUUUUGGGGAGUCGAUUGACGCUGAGAUCAAAAGCUCAACUUUUCACAUAUAACUUGUAUUAUGGUAGAGGAGAAACGUUUGUGAAACAAUUAGAACGGUGAUUAUAGUCUAAAAGCUUUUUACGUUACACACUCACCCCGAAACCCUUUUUUUUUUGUUUGUGUAAAAUGAAAUAAACCAAUUCUGUAGCCC